GUGGGCAAGAACGAUGUGAUGCAUGCCUGAGUAAUGUUGGCAUUGCCUCCGCCCUAAACGAGUAGCUUCUGCUUCUUCACAGCCGGUAAAGUGUGUAGGAAAGUGGUUUGGUAGUAAUGGAAGGUAUUGAAGAGCAUAGAAGAGAGAACGCAGACAUGGUGAAUCGAGUAGCCGGUAAGGAAGUCAAGGAUGAUCGGUUUGUCGGCCUUCUAGUCCGCCAAACUGUGGGAUCGCCACACCGCGCAACCUUUGCCGUUAAUGUGCCAGAGCGCAUCUCAUUGUGAAGAAGACAUGCAGCAAAUGUGCGUCCAUUUCAGCGAU